AUGCUGAGAGUUGGUGGUUUUGUUGACUGUUAUCCGGGUAAGCGAUUUCUUCGCUCAUUAUUCAUUACACAAUUUCGCAAACCUAGCAUUUCGCUGAAGUUUACACUUAUCCGUUCGCCUUCUAAGAAAUGUCGUUUCAAAGCUUCAUCUUUAAUACUCUUGCCAUCAUAUCAACUGAGACCAUCCUUUUUGAUGCGUUUCUUCAGUUCAUCUUCUGCUUUGCAUGCAGUGGGCGAUAAAAAUGAUGGUCGAGGUAAAAAAGAAUCAUCGAAGGAAUCUGACAAUAAAAGAUUAAGAAAAUUUUUCACGGGUUUAUUAAUCGGAAGUGUAAUAGCAACAGUGAUAACAUCGGCUUUAACAGGCGUGUGGCAGACAAGGUAUACAAAUCAGUUGACAGUGCAUGACUUUCUUACCUACAUAGUACCAUUGGGACAGAUUGAACAAAUUGUAAUAACUGGAAAUAAUGUUGCUCGUAUCAUCAUGAAGCCGGGUCCAGUGCAAAACUUGCCAUUCAGUGAGUGUGGAUACAAUAUGUUCAGGCCAGGUAUAGGUUGGCAAAAAGUGUAUGUGGUAACAACUAUGGAUACUAAAAGACUGGAAGCUGAUAUACGCGAGAUAGAAACUACCUUGGGAAAACCACCAGAAGAGUGGACACCUGUUGCUAUUAUCGACACUUCAGCACAAGGAUUUAUAGAUCUCCUGUUGUUGCUUUUGUUGGCGUUAAUGCUAUUCGGAGCCUCAAAGUCUCUUCCUUCAGUGAAAAGUUCAUUUCAAGAUGUGCUUGGACUAAAAAUGAAGCUCAAUGUUAUUAAACCGAAUGACGCUAACGCUCAAAAAAUAAAGUUCAAAGAUGUUGCGGGUUUGCAUGAAGCUAAAGUUGAAAUUAAAGAAUUUAUAGAUUACCUCAGACGUCCUGAAAAAUAUAUGAAAUUGGGAGCUCGGCUGCCGAAAGGUGCAUUACUUACCGGUCCACCCGGAUGUGGAAAGACGUUUUUGGCAAAAGCUCUUGCUGCUGAAUCUUCAGUACCAUUUAUUUCGAUGAAUGGCACUGAAUUUGUUGAAAUGAUUGGGGGUUUGGGAGCAUCUAGGAUCAGGAAUUUGUUCAAAACAGCAAAGAAAAUGGCACCUUGCAUCAUCUAUAUCGAUGAGAUAGAUGCGAUAGGACGCAAAAGAAGUCAAAGCGAAGCGGGUGGUGGAAAUCGAGAAGAGGAGCAGACCUUAAAUCAGUUGCUGGUAGAGAUGGAUGGUAUUGAUAGUGGUCGCGGUAUUGUUUUACUUGGUUCAACAAAUCGUGGCGAUAUAUUGGAUAAGGCUCUUCUACGCCCUGGUCGGUUUGAUCGACACAUCGUUAUCGAUCUUCCAACCGCUUUGGAAAGGCAGGAAAUAUUCGAAUUAUAUUUAAGCAGAAUUAAAUUGGAUCGUGAACCACAAUAUUAUUCCAAGAGGCUUGCUCAAAGAACAUCACGAUUUUCGGGAGCAGAUAUCGCAAAUGUGAUAAAUGAAGCAGCUAUUCGGGCGGCGUCAUCAAAGAAAAGUCUAGUGACAAUAGAUGAUUUAGAUGAAUCAUUGCAGAGAAUUCUUGCAGGCGCAGAAAAAAGGAGUCGAUCAAUGGUAGAAGAAGAACGUGAAAUCGUAGCAUAUCAUGAAUCUGGUCAUGCUCUGAUUGGAUGGUUGCUGGAACACACUGAUGCUUUACUAAGGGUUAGCAUUAUCCCACGAACAAGUGUUAAGCUUGGUUUUGCUCAGUUCAGUCCUCGAGAGCGGAAAAUAUUAACUAAGGAUGAGAUGUUUGAUCGUAUGUGUAUGUUGCUUGGAGGCCGGGCGGCAGAAAACAUCAUUUUUGGACGUGUUACUACGGGUGCUGAAGAUGACUUGAAAAAGGUGACAAAGUCAGCAUAUGCACAAGUACAACUCUAUGGAAUGAGUGAAUCCGUAGGCCCCUUAAGUUUCCCGAUAAUGGAUGAUAGCAAACGAAACGAAUUUGGAAUUUACAAAAAACCUUUCAGCAUAAAAUUGCAACAUUUGAUUGACCAGGAGGCGUCUAAAUUGGUUUCAAAAGCAUAUUUCACUGCGGAAAACAUCCUGAAGACGAAUGAAGAAAAACUGAGAAAGCUGGCAUCCUCACUGCUGGAGAAUGAAAUGCUUAGUUAUGAAGACGUUAUACGGUUAAUUGGGCCCCCGAAAUUUCCGAAACAGAUAGUGGAAUUAGCUGAUCACGUCUUACCAAAUGUAGGGGAGUCGUAG